GAAACCAACAUCCGGGCGUUAUCGGCUCAAAAACAUGGAUGCCAACCAAAAGUUCUUCCUCAUUUCCUGAAGUCGGCGACUGCCCAAAAUGCUGCGGUGUCUGAAAGUAACUGAUGACGCUGAGUCUUUACUUCGUCACACAGACAAUUCUAGUGUAUCUUAGUAGAGAGUGCUGAGUGAACCUUUCGUUACUGGAGUGUUCUGUAUUUUCGAACAAGUGAAUCAAACUGCUCAAAAGACCUUCGAGAGCCUCAACUCUGACGGUAGAGAUUGGAGACUUUCGGAACUAAAAAUUCCUGGGUCAAAGAAGAGGGAUUGGAAGCUGUGGUGCAAAGGGACCGUGUGCUAGUACUAGUGUAUCACCAACACGAAUUGGACAGGAGUGCUGUUCUGACAUUUCUAGCCGUGGACCUUAACACUACUUGUUUGUGGUGAAGUGAUUGAAGGAAAUCAAAAUGAGUUCCCAGUCAGCAGCUGGGCGCCGCCGCAGCAACAAUCGGCAGUACUCUGCUGAGGACCAAGCUUUGAACAUGAUUUCAAAGGAGGCUGAGGCGCGCUUAGCUGCCAAAAGAGCUGCCAGGGCAGAGGCGAGAGAGAUUCGAAUGAAAGAAAUUGAGAAGCAGCAAAAAAAGUCUGAAGAAACUCAAGACAAGGUGUAUGAGCUGACCAGUGAUCAUGCAGCUGCUAAGGUUCGUCAGCAGCUAUCUGGGUCACGGCGUGGCAGCACAGAAUCUACCGACUCAGGUCCUGACAUCAAAGAUGUAGACUACAAGAAAAAGGCUAUUAAGCUGGCAGAGGUGAGGGAACUGGAGGAGAAGUACAAGGCUGCCAUGAUGACCAGCGCCCAGCUGGACAAUGAGAAACAGUCGCUGGUAUAUCAGGUGGAGCUACUCAAAGAUCAGCUGGAGGAGCAGGAUGAAGGUUACACUGAACUGCAGAGAGAAUUCAAAGACAAGUGUAGGGAAUGUGAUUUUCAGAAGAGAGAUCUAAAAAGUAUGGAACAUGAACUGGAUAUACUAAAACAGCAAUUAGCAAUUAAGGACAGGUUAAUAGAGGAAAGUGGUUUUGUGAUUGUUUCCAAUGAAAGUGGGGAGCCUGUACUAGAAAAGCAAUCUGAACAGUCAGCGUCAAGUAAUGGGCCCCUUCCCACUGGUGCUAUUCUAGUGUCUCCAGAGACGAGAAAUUUGCUGGAGAAGGCUGGAGGAACCACAUUAGGUAGCUGUAGCACCUUGUCUCAACCUUGUACUAAACCUGUCCAAUUGGAUAGUCAGGCUGAAGUGUCUGUCUCUACUAGUCCUGCUCUCACGCCUGCACAGCUUAAUGUAGACUCUGUAGAUUCUGCCUCUGGCCCAAAAGAAAACCUAUCAUCAUCUUUUGACAAUGAAGACCUCAAAGAAAAAUGUACGACAACUGGCGAAGUUUGUGCUGAGGCACAGAGCAGGCCUAGUGAAGAGACAUUGCAUGACAGUAGUGAUGUGGUGACUAAUACUGGUGUUGUUUGUGAGCAUGAUGUGGUAGAAAAUUCUUUGGCAGGUAAUGAUGGCACUGGAAACAAUUUGGGUCAGGUGACUAGCUUUACUCAAAGCAGUGAACAAUCUGACAGCCAAGUCGUUAUGACUAGGGCAGGAAAGAAAGAGAAUAGGGAUCCAAAUGAGUUGGUGAUCUCAGAGUCAGAGAUGUCCAUUGAUGUUCCUUCUGUUACUGUUACCAGUGUUGAGAAACAGAACAGUACUGGGGGAGAAGAAUCAGAUGAGGAAGGGGAGUUUUAUGAUGCAGUCAGCACUCCGUCACCUUUUGAUAAGUCUGGAAAUAAGUCCUUUGAUCUAGAAAACACAGAGUCAGGAAGGGGCCUUUCAACCAACAUUGAAGGGUCUUCAGUAGAUGGGGAAAUAGUCAUUGUUACAAGCAGUAUUAGGUCAGGGAAUAGGGAAACUGUAUCGAGACAAUCCCUUGUCAUUGAGGGAACAACAGAAACUGAAAGCAGUACCGAGAAUGUACUUCACAGUUCUUCUGUAGAUGGGUUUAAAGAGUUAAAACAAGAAAAGUGCGUCGACCAGGAGCUCGUCAUUGAUGAACAGAAGACAACCGAAAAAACGCAAAGUACUGAGGAGGAACAAGAUGACAUUAUGACUGUUGAAAUUACGAGUAAAGAAAAUACUGUGACCUGCAGCACUGGCACUGACGUAGGUUCUAAAAAGGAAGAAGUAGACAACAAUAAUACAGAGGGAAAUAUUACUGGGGAAAACAGAAUGACUUUAGGUAAACAGGAAAAUACUGAAGAGCUGUUCGUCUCUACUGAAAGUUUAACAGCAGGAGAUAUGCUCUCUUCAGACAGAAGCACUCUAGAUGAUGAGUUCGUUAUCAAAGGGAUGGAUCAAAAGAGUGAGCCAAUUAAAGACAGAGAGGAACUAGUAGCAGGGAAAACAGACGUUGGCUCAAAUGAGCAGGCUGAAUCUUCAGUUGAGGUGACUUCUGGCAAAGGAACUAUCCUGGACCAAACAGAGACAAUUGAUUCUCACAGAAGCCAAGAGGAAGGACCUGCUACAGAACUGGAUGAGAAGCAUGAGUCUUCCAGUAGCAUUGCUCAGCAAGGAAAGGUAGAAGAUGCAACUGCACAAGACACAGAGAAAAAUUUGUCUGAAGAUUUGGGUUUGACUGUGUUGGGGACAGAUUGCUCUGGAACUGAGCAGAAGGAAACUACAUUGAAAGCUGAUGAGGAAUUGGUAGAGGAAGGUGGUGGUGAUGAACAGAAAGGUUUCAAACAAGGUACUGCAAUAUCUGCUGAUGUUGAGGAUUCACAACAGGUUAAGCAGACUUUUGAUGCUAGUGUUGAUGAUGGGAAUGGUGCUGAGACAGCUGUUUAUGAAAGGCAUGAGAAUGACAGGGUAGCAGUUGGAGAGUUUUCAACAGAACAGAAAUCAACUGACACUGAUACCAAAUACUUUGACCAGGAAGGUAUCAAAAAAUCUUCACAAGAAGUCAAAGACUUUGAACAAGAAGAUGUCAAAGAACUAGAGCAAGAAGAUACUGAAGGAACUGGGAUAGAAGAUGUCAAAGAAUUUGAACAAGAAGAUGUCAUAGGGACAGAAUUAGAUGUCACAGAAAUUGAAAAGGAAAAUAUAACAAAACAUGAAGAAGAAGAUGUCAAAGAGCUUGAACAAGAAAGUGUAAAAGAACAUGAACAAGAAGAUAUAGGGACAGAAUUUGGUGUCACAGAAAUUGAAGAGGAAAAUAUAACAAAACAUGAAGAAGAAGAUGUCAAAGAGCUUGAACAAGAAAGUGUAAAAGAACAUGAACAAGAAGAUGUCAUAGGGACAGAAUUAGAUGUCACAGAAAUUGAAAAGGAAAAUAUAACAAAACAUGAAGAAGAAGAUGUCAAAGAGCUUGAACAAGAAAGUGUAAAAGAACAUGAACAAGAAGAUGUCAGCAAAUGUGAACAACAAGAUGUCAAAGAGUUUGAACAAGAAAAUAUCAAAAGACUAUCCAGCAACACAGAGGCUGACAUUUUACCUGAUGGUGUUACACAGGAGUCUCAAGUAAAUGUCAACGAGCCAGAGAAAAAAAAUUGUUCAAAGGCUGGGGAAAAUGAAUUGGAGUCACCUUCUGGUAAUACUCUAUUGAGAAUGCCCAGUUUUGAGGGUGGGGCAUCAGAGGCAUCUGAAGGUGGAGUUCUGGAUGAUUAUGACCUUGAUGAUAUUGAUGAUAUCCUCGCUGAGGGACAGGAUGCCCCUGUGGUGGAGGAAGCACAAGAUGCUGAUCCUCAGGAUGCCUCGCUAAAGGCUGAUCAUCCAGCCAUUGAGUCCAUAGAUUCUGAAAUAAGUAGUGGUCAAACAAGAGAGGAGGAAGGGACAACAGCCAUUACCCCAGAAGGUAUGAUUGGAGCUGAAGGGGGUACUAGAAAAGGGAAGGGUAAGCCCAAAGGUAAAAAAAGUAAACACAGCAAGGAAACAGGGUCACUUAGUUCUUUAGAACCAGAUGAUUUGGAGGGUGCUCUGGACAAGAAAAUGUCGGAGUCUGAGAAAUCCAAAACUCACAAAAAAUCAAAGAAAUUCAAGCUUUUUAAAAAAGUAUUCAAAUGAGAGGAUUAAUGUUUAAUUGUCCUUCUUGAUCAAUGUUUUUAAAUGAUUGUUUUUAAAUCAUCAACUUGAUUUUUCUGCUUUGCCUAUUUAUGUCACUUUCUUUGGUGCUUGUCUUUAUUUGAUUUCAUUGGUGAUGUCUCCUCUUUCCUUUUCUAGUUUAAGCCAGCUUUUGUAAUGCAUAUUCAAAGAAAUGAAAAUUGCUUCAGUAUUUGAACUUGCUGCUAUCUUUCAGUCUGAUGAAAACUGGAUUUUCUUUGGAAUGGCUGUUUAUUUUAGAUAUAAUGUUGUUGGAAAUGAUUUGCCUUUGCAAUAAUGUUUUUUUUUCAAAAUACUCAUUUGCAUGUUGAUUGUGACAGUGUCUGUUUUUUGUCUUUGCUAUCUCUAUUAUAAUUUGUAUUUGAAGACAAAAACGUGUGAAAUUUUUGUUGGUCUUGUGCUGUUGGAGGGUAUGAAAAAAGACCAAUCAGAAUUGUGUGUGUUUUUUAAAACUAAGUCUACUGGAAGUUGAUCUUGCCCAUUGUCUUAAGGUUUUUUAAAACUAUCAUGACUUAUAUCACUUCUGCCUUAUGCAAAAAUAGUUUUUGUGAGUAAUGCAAUGUAAGAGAAUGAAAAAAAUCUGAUUCUAUCGUGUGUUAUCUCUGAAUACUCUUUAACUUUAAAAAGACAUUUGUUACCUCAUUCGAAAGCACUGGAAAUCAAUAUGACAUUACAAGCCCUCCUCUAUAGACGCAGGGACAAAUUCCUGAUUCCGGAUGGGUGCAUAAGUCUUAUGUUAAUGAUACUGGUGUUAGAGAUCGGUGUUUUACAGUUUUUAUACAGAGAUGAAUAGCUUGGGUUUAUAUUAAAUAAGGAACUGAAGAACUUCAAAUUUUAACGUACAACCUGAUAUAUUUUACAAGUCUUACCUAAUGUUUGCUUGUCAUGCUUUUAUGAAUGACCAUGAACAAUUUUAUUGGUCUUUCAUUUUCUGUUGAUAAAAUCUUUCAGUUGUUUUAUUGUAAUACAGAUCUGCAUUUUUUUCCUGCUCCAGAGCUUUCGUAUGUUUUGUGAAAUUCACAUGUCUCUGUGAUUCAAACCUUCUUGUAUACAAAUUACACAAGGUGCCUUGCAUGGUAAAGGAAUGUUCCGAGCUGUUGACGUUCUCAGUUUUUAAGAAUGGGUGUAAUUGAGGGAGAGGGGGUUGUUAUUGGAAUAGACAUUGUCUAACUAAUGUAUUUCCAGAAUUACGAUUUCUACUUGACAUGUUAUGUUUUCAGCUAGUCAUCUUAGAAAUUUGUUAACUACUACGUGUACAUUAUGUAUACGUUGCUGUUAUUCGAUGGUGAACUUCAGUGUGCACCAAAGAUGAUAGUGCCUUGGGUAUUUAUUUAUUUAUAAGUUAUUGAAGUUUGUGGGAAAACUUUUAUCAAAACCUCUGGUUACACCAUGCUUAUUGUUCUUAUUUAAUAUUUAAAAGUGAUUUUUUUUUUUUAUGAAAAGGAAAACCCCCAAAACAAUCAAAUUUACAAUUGAUAAUCAUUUGCAUGAUUUUAUGACCAGUGUGAUAGAAGCGUUUAAUACUUCUGUGACUGAUUUUUGUUAUCAAAGGCCUGCGUAUUUUGUAAUUAUUGACUUUUUGCAUGCUAGCUACUACUUUCAUUUUUAUUCUGAAAAUAUAAUGAAGAGUCACCUUGACUUUCAUAAGAAUUGAGUUGAUACUUUGGCCUAUAUUUUUGUUUUUAUGAAAUACAUUUGGUUUGCACUUGCAGAAGUUAUCUGAAAGAAAAAUUAAAUGAAAGAAUUCGGUCAGGUUUGAAUUGUAUCAUUUAUACCUAUUGUUUACUUUCAUAACAAUACUUGAGUCUAAAAUCAUGAUAGAAAAGGCAGGAAGUCGUGUUGUGAUAAAAAAAAAA